UCGAUUCCAGUACACAAAUUUACAUAUCAUAACGACAAGAGAAGCGAAUAUAACGCGGUUACGGGAUUGUCGGAGAGCUUUCGAAAGCGUGUGUUCGUUUUCGUUAAAGUGUGGUUCGAGAAAUAUUUCUCUGGAUGAGAAACGGCGGCUAAAAAUCCCCGUAUCUUUGUGGGCAACAUGAUAUGAAAAGGAAGUGACGUCGUAAGGGUGGGCUUCGAAGCAAAGUGUGAGUGAUACUUCAGCGAAGUUGUCUGUUUGCCGUCCUUAAAUAUCGCCGCCGCAAUCCGAUAACGCCGUAUGACAGUGCUGUGUGCCAAGCCGACGUGGUAUUUCGUAAGAUUUUCUCCAUGUUGAUAGCUCUCAGCGAACGAUUUUUGAGGGACGUUCUCGAUGGAUCGCCACCUACGUUCAUCUACGGCAAGUGUGAAUGGCGACGGUCACUGUUAUUACGACAAUGAAUCGAGUUACCAAGAUACAGGCGUCUACGAUUGUGAUGGCAAUAUGUUGCCAGACUUACUGGAUUCUCAAAUAGACAGUUCCCUAAAAGGAUUGGACAUGGGUGCCAUAAAGAAAAACUCUUACGAUCGAACUCGAGCUGCGAUGGCGGCAAUAAAUCCAAUGCUAGCGAAAAAAGUGUUACCUCUGCCAAAUGAAGUGACAGUAGAGGAAGCCGCAGCAAUUAGUAUUCAAGCUUAUUUUAGAGGAUAUUUAGCCAGAAAGCUUUUUGUUCAGCUGCUCUAUGAAAGAUUCAUCAAGGAGGAAGAAGAAAGAGAAGCAAAAAUGAGAGAGCAAGUGGAAGAAGGAGAAAUUUUGGUGGAAAACUAUCGCUUGAACCUUGAAAAGGAAGAAAAUACCUGUUUGCGCAAAAACCUCCGGCGAGGAAUUGAAUGUGAUGUUAUAACCAUCCAAAGAGCCUGGAGACAACAUAAGAAACAAUCUCAAGAUCAGAUCGUUGUCAGACAAGGGACCACAAACUCACACGACAUGCCAGGUUUUGAUGCGGCAUCACAACCGUUUUUUUCCACUCCAGACAUGGGAAGUUUACAUAUAAGGACAAACCCAUUUAUGAAGAGUGCAGACAAUGCUUCUUUUUGCGAUGACGAUAAUCUUUCGGAUGUUUUCAAUGACAGCCUUGAACAGGUAGAAGAGGAAAAUUUUAGAAAUACUCAAGAACAUGGACCUCAUAGACAUGUUUUAUAUGAUGGCAAUCAUGUCUUAGAAAGAGACACAUUUAAUGAUGAACUACCUGGAAUGGAUUCUGUCAGCUCACCAGCUGAGUUGCCAUCACCAACAACUGACUGGGAAUCAAUAGAAUCAUGUCUCACUUCAGAGGGUGAAACACAGGACUUCGAAAGCAGUGAGCUACCAGACACAUCCAAUGGAAGGCUAAAACACUUUUCCUUAAAACCAAAUGAUUUGCAAAUAUGCUUUGUUGACGAUACGCUCCUAAGUGACGUUGAAGGGGAUGAAGAUGGCUGUGUCAUAAAAGAGUAUAUUAUUGAAAAACAGGAUGUUUCAGAUGAAGAAAAACGAGAUUCGGGUUGCGUGGCAGGUGAUGAUGAGGCAUCGGAGUCCUUUAGUAUUAAAACAGUUAGACCAGAAACACUGGAAAGACAUGAAAUAUCUCAGGAGGAAUCUGAGAAAGUGUUGAUAGAACUGAGAAAGCAGGACAGUGAAAAUGAAAAACAGGAAAAUUAUGCAAAUGUAAUGCUUGGAUGGACUGAAGAGAGGUUACAAGAACUAAACUUGGAAGAACUGCAAGCACUCCAGAAAAAUAUGAGUCAACUGAUUGAAGCUCAAAAUGAAGUGCUGGUAACUGAGUUAAUGAACAGAGAUGCUCUUCAUCUUAGACAAGAUUCUCUUCUCAUGGAUGUUGAGGAUGCUUCAAAAACUGCACAGGCACAAUAUCAGAAGACACAGAAAGGCAGAAAGUGAUAGUUCUUCUCUGCACCCUUUAUUGCUCAUGAACAAUGUUAUUUUUUUGUCCUGUUGAUAUUUUUGUUUUACUGAGAGUUGUUAGAGAUACACAAAUUAUUUCAAUUAUCAGUGGAGCAUGAAGUGAUUGUAUUUUAUUUUUAAUAAGUGAGGAAAAGGAAAAAGCUAGUUUAUUUUUAAGGCUGUUAUUCUUCCAAAUGAAAGUGCAAUUGUAAUACUAGUAAGCAAAUUGCUCUCCUAAAAAUCUGAAUAGGAAUCCUAUGAAAACUAAAACAUUUUGACAGUUCUUACCCCAUGUGAUGGGUGUAGCUUAUCUCUUAAGAGUUCCUCAGUGGUUCUGUAUAUCUGCUUGGCUUGCCUUGUAAUAAUUAUCUUAGGAAAUUACAAUCAGUUUACACAAGUCACUAAACUGUUAAAUUUAUUAUUAAAAAUGGGUUUGAAAAUAGUUUAUUUUUGUAUCAUGUUUGUUAAUAUAGCUGAAGUUAAGGGUCAAAGAUGUCUGGAAAGAGAGAUGCGUAAAGCUGGUCACACAAUAAAUGCAAUAAUUAUGUUA